UUCUUUAGCAGUGAAAUAUAAGGCUCUAUUUAUAGCCUUAAAAAUGUGAUUGGGGGUUCAAAGAUGGUGGUUGAUGGGUUCAACAAUGGUUAAUGAGUUGGUGGUUGCUGAACAUAUAAACCUCGAGUUCUUUACUUCACUCUCGACGGCAUCACGGCACAAGGACUCUCCAUCUCUGAAGAUCUUUAACUAGUAGCUUUGGUCUUAUUGGUUGAGUAUUUUCCUAUCCACUACUUGUGUUUGAUACCGAGAGAAACUCUUCAGAUGAAGUCCACAAGCAGUUCUCUGUUGGACUUGGAGGGUGAAAGCAAAGGCUCUCCCUCAUCCUUUGAAUCAAAACUUUUGUUCUGCAACGGAGGGAGUGAUCUCCAGUCACGAAUUUCCAAAUUUAAUCCGACUGUGAAGAAGCCUGAGAUCUCUUCAACUUCCCAGAGCCAAGUUCUAGAAAAGGUCAAGAAUUUCCUGGGAGUUCUAUCAGAAGCAAACAAAAAACUGGAGGUUGAUGCGAAGAAAAAUCCUAAAAAGUAUGAUAUAAAAGAACUCACUAGGGAGGAUUCUGAAUACAUAGAAAUGAAUUUAAUGUUGGGUGUUGCAGAGGUUUAUUCCUUUGAGGCUGUUGCUGCUGCUGAGUCUGUCAUAGCUCGUCAGCAACCACUGACUCCAUUAGCUUCAAUCAGUAGCGCAACCACCGAUGUUGAUGACAGUAGCAACGAAGAUGGUCGUUGACCUCUCACAGCUCUAUUUUUGAAAGAGUCUCCUUCAUCAAUGACAACUUUAAGAACAUGAAACACAUUUAUAUGGAGUUUUAGCAGUUGAUAUGCUCAACACAGAAACCUGAUGAAGAAAACAAACAAAAGCCAAAUGCAGAGUUUCCAACAAGACUUAAUCAUUGAUUACUCUGCUGGACCUAGAAAGCAUCAUCACAAGUUUGGCUCUUCCUUUAAAAGUGUCAAGAAAAAGCUAAGUGAUAUUUUCUCUGCACUUGUGUUUUGGCAGAAGAAAGCCAAUUCUGAGACCCACAAAAGUCAAAGUCCAGAGAGGGAGGUCUCCACAUCAAAAGGUAGUAACUCUUCCGGAAGCAAGAGGGGAAUUUUGUUGAAACCCCAAUACUCUAAUUCCCAUAGAACUUCAAUGGCUACCAGGGAGCAGCUAGGUACAUUUGAGUUCUCGUUUGAUGAAAUUUUCCAGGCAACUGGAAAUUUUUCUGCAGUACACAAGAUUGGUGAAGGUGGGUUUGGGAUAGUGUACAAGGGAAAGCUUAAGAAUGGAUUCCCUGUUGCUAUUAAGCACGCUAAGAAGGAUUUGCGAGUGUUAGCAGAAUGCAAGAAUGAAGUCCAGGCAUUGUCAAAGAUUGAGCAUCUAAAUCUUGUUAGAUUUUAUGAAUUUCUGGAGCUCAGAGAUGAGAGGAUUAUUGUUACUCAGUAUGUCAGCAAUGGAACACUUCGAGAACACUUGGAUGGUAAGAAUGGAACCGAGCUUGAAGCUGCUGAGCGUUUGAGCCUUGCGAUUGACGUAGCUCAUGCUAUUACCUAUCUGCACUCGUACACAGAUCCUCCAAUUAUCCAUAGAGAUAUAAAAGCUUCUAACAUACUCAUCACAGAAAAUCUCCAUGCUAAAGUAGCAGACUUUGGAUUCGCACGAUUAGCUGCUGAAGAUCCCUGUGCUACACAUAUUUCUACACAAAUAAAAGGGACAGCCGGCUAUUUAGAUCCUGAGUACUUAAGGACAUACCAGCUUACUGAAAAGACUGAUGUCUACUCCUUUGGUGUUUUGCUUGUGGAGAUGAUGACAGGAAGACAUCCCAUCGAAACAAAUCGAAACCUUGAUGAGAGAGUGACGAUAAGAUGGGCGAUGAGUAUGCUAAAACAUGGGGAUACUGUAAUAGCAAUGGAUCCAAGAUUGCGAAGAAGCCCAGCAUCUAUUGAGGCUGUUGAAAAAGUACUCAAACUAGCUAGACAAUGCCUUGCACCUUCCAGACUGGCGAGACCAGCUAUGAAAAAAUGCGCAGAGGUACUAUGGGGAAUUCGAAAACAAUUCAUAGAGAAAAGUAUCCCAAAAUCUUCAACCUCUAGCCACUCAGUAAACUUUCUGGACAGAAAUGCAAAAAGGGAUUGGGAGGAUUUAUACACAGUUAACUAUAGCAAGAACUAUAGAUUUGCUUCCACUUGACAAACUUUUAGCAAAGUCCAUGUAUAACAGUGCUUCAAGUAUGAUUUAUCAUCAAAUUAGACUACUGAUUCCCUGUAGACAUACUAGUUGACCUGUAUUCUUUUUCAUUUGAGUUUAACUUAUGUGCACCCGAAAGAUGUGCAGUCACCUCCACUAAAUAGGAGGCAGCAGUCGAAGGGUGGAUCAAGACAAUUUCAUGACUUGGCUCAUCGGUUGGUGUUUGAUCAUGCUGCACUCAAACAAUUCUCCCAAGACCCCACCACCACUUUGCUGUGCAUACUCAGAAAUUACUGCGUGAGUGCAAAUAACCCAAGUCCUUGCUAUGUCUUUUAAGGAAUUGGUUGUGAAAGACUUCUCAGAGAAACACUAAACCUUGAUUUGGCCUUCAUGGAUUGAUCUUCACACUCUUUAUUGCAGCAGAAAAUAA